ACUUCAGACCACAAGCAGCAAGACUCCGAAGCCGAGAGUAAAAGUACCAACCGCGACUGGAGAAAAGCCCUCGAGCGAGCCGGAGCUCCGUGAUUCGGUCUCAGCGGAAUAGCUGCGGAAGCAGACGCUGAAGGUUGGUAGUAAACUCUCUGGAGUUUGAUCAGAGUCGCUUUGUGCCGUUGCGCUUGUGGAAGUGAAGUGAACUUGGAAUCGGGAGAAACGAUCAGUCCCGGGACUCGUGUGGAUCCCGACGCUCCCGCGGAAGACUUUCGAACUGUUGGAUGGAGUGCGAUUAUUAGACACACACGAAAGGAACUUUACACAGAAUAGCCCCUUCAAUCUAGCGAAGAAUCAAACCCUCCAUCCACAUCUAUAAUAGAGAAGAAAACAAACCCCUGCCAGAUCUAAAGAACCCCAGCAGAACCACCUGAAUACAAAAGAAGAGUCCUUUUAGAGUUCAAGCAUCCAACCGUCCUCCUGAAGAGUAAAGAUGGAGUGGCGGUUCAUUUCGUUGGUGCUGUGUGCAUGUAUGUGCAUGAUGUUUGGCCCGAGCAUCUCGACUCCAUCUGGUCCGGCCUCGGCCACCUGUGCCACCCUGGAGCAGAGUCGUUUCUUUGGGGUGUUCUCCUCAAAGACGGCCCUGCCGUCGUCACCAUGCUCCUGGACCCUGCAGAACCCUGACCCUCGCCGCUACACCGUCUACAUGAAGAUCACCAAACCAACCGAGUCCUGCACCCCGCGUCAGAUCCGAACAUUCCAGUUCGACUCAUUCCUGGAGACCUCACGCACGUACCUGGGCAUGGAGAGCUUCGAUGAGGUGGUGCGACUGUGCGACGCGUCCUCCGCGGUGGCCUACCUGGAGUCCAGCAAACAGUUCCUGCAGCUGCGGAAGGUGCUGCCACAUCUGGGCACGGAGCCCAUGGAGGACGAGGAGGAAAACAAUGAAGGCAGCCAGUUCAAUGCUGAGUUUCUUGUCGUGGGGAAGAGGAACCCAAGCAUGCCAGCCUGCGAGAUGCUGUGUCAGUGGCUUGAAGAUUGCCUGGCGACCAGUACCCACGGCAACCCCUGCGGCAUCAUGGCGACGCCCUGCCAGUGCUGGGAACCACCCAAGAGGAAGCCAGGUGGCUGUUACAGGGGCGGAGUCUACGUGGAGAAGUGCACGCCCACUGUUAGAGACAGCAGCCGCGACGCAGAGAUCAUGAAGGGCUGGAGCGGGUGGGGCCGUUGGUCAGAGUGCAGUAACGAGUGUGGGGGCGGAGUCCAGGUGCGCAGCCGCACAUGUCAGCCUGAGGAUGGUGUCUGUGAGGGCGUUGUGGAGGAGGGGCGUUCCUGCAACCCUCAGCCGUGCAUCGGUCAAGUCCGGCAGAGAAGUCAAGCACUGCGCUCCAUCAUCGGUCAACGGCGAGAUGCUGACGGCACCAUCAUGGCAAACCAGGCCCCUCAGAAAGAAGAAGUUCAGCAGGACGAGUGGUCCUCAUGGAGUGUGUGUUCUGUGAGCUGUGGUGAAGGUUGGCAAACUCGCACACGUUCCUGCAUGAUGUCCCCUCACAGCACACAGUGCACUGGCCCUUUAAGAGAGAAUCGACCCUGCAACAACACUGCUGUCUGCCCAGUGAAUGGAUUGUGGGAUGAAUGGGCCCCAUGGAGUCUGUGCUCGUCCACAUGUGGUCGUGGAUACCGUGAUCGUGUCCGUACUUGCAAACAGCCACGGAAUGGAGGAGAGCCCUGCCGUGGCCCCACCAAACAGACCAAGUUCUGCAACAUCGCUGUCUGCCCAGUUGAUGGUUCCUGGAACGAGUGGUCUGCAUGGACUCCAUGCUCUUCCUCCUGCUCUAACGGAACGAUGCAGAGAACUCGCGAGUGUAACGGCCCCUCGUACGGAGGAUCAGAGUGCAGAGGAGAGUGGCUCGAAACCAGCAACUGUUUCCUCAGAGACUGCCCUGUGGAUGGCCGGUGGUUGUUGUGGAGCUCAUGGGGCAGCUGCAGUAAGACCUGCGGUGGAGGUCACCAGCUCAGACACAGAGUAUGUGAGGGGCCGUUUUUUGGUGGAGAUCCAUGCAACGGUGAUAAAACAGAACUGCGAAACUGCAACGAGAAACGCUGUCCAGAACCUCAUGAGAUCUGCGGCGAGGAGAACUAUGGCAGUGUGGUGUGGAAGAGAACUCCCGCGGGUGACACUGCGGCCAUAUCUUGCCCAUCUGAUGCCACAGGCCUGAUCCUGCGCAGAUGCACGCUUGACGCCAUUGGUCUGGCCUUCUGGGAAAAUCCCACUCACAUUAAAUGCAUCUCAAAAGAGUUCCAGGACAUUCAGACACUGACACGUGAUCAUGUUACUCAGUCUCAGAGCGGUCAGCUGGUGGACGGCAUUUCAGAUGUGUUGUCCAGACUGAGAAUGGCAUCGAACGAUGGUACAAAAUACAGUGGUGAUCUUCUGGCCGUGAUGGAGAUACUGAGAAACACCACAGAGAUCUUCAGAGGGUCUGGACACAGUCUGAGCAAUGCUGAUGUGGAGAAUUACGCUCACACCAUCAGUAACUUACUGCAGGAGACUCACAGAGAUAAAUGGGAGGAAGCUCAGCUGAUGGGUGCAAACAUCCGAGAGUUCUUCCGUCUGGUUGAGAACUUCAUUGACAUGAUCGGGCAACAGAUGAGGGAUUUCCAGGAUAUCUAUGAGGUCACUGAGAAUCUGGAGCUGAGCAUCCAGAAGCGUCCACGAGCCAUGACCUCUGAUUUGACCUUCCCCAUGAAGGGCUGGCGCGGGAUGAUCGACUGGGUGCGAAACUCAGAAGAGAAGAUCACUGUGUCCCGCAAGGCUUUGAGUCUGGACGUCCCAGAUGCGGAGCAGAGCACAGGAUUCGUCACCGGAAUCGUUCUGUACAGAAAUCUGGGUCCAAUUCUCUCCUUACAGAGUAACAGCACGCUGCUCAAUUCAAAGGUCGUCACUGUAACGGUGAAGCCCAACCCCGGUUUCCUGUCGGCACCUGUUGAGAUCGAGUUCCCUCACCUGCACAAUGGCACUGUUAAUGAGACCUGUAUCGCCUGGGAUGAGAGUGACAGCUCAUCUCUGCUCGGCUCGUGGUCCGCGCGCAGCUGCAGAUCGGUGUCGCGCGACUCUAGCACCACAUGCGUGUGUGACGGACUCUCCACCUUCGCCUUGAUCGCGCGACCGAACCCCGAUCCGAACAUGGAUAAGUCUCUGUUGCCAUCGGUUACGAUGAUUGUGGGAUGUGGAGUGUCGUCGCUCACACUAUUGCUCCUCAUCAUCAUCUAUGUCUCUGUGUGGAAGUACAUUCGCUCUGAGCGCUCUGUUAUCCUCAUCAACUUCUGUCUGUCAAUCAUCUGCUCCAACGCCCUCAUUCUGAUAGGUCAGACGCAAGCUCGCAACAAGGUGAUGUGCGCUUUAGUGGCGGCGUUCCUGCAUUUCUUCUUCUUGUCUUCGUUCUGUUGGGUGCUGACAGAGGCGUGGCAGUCGUACAUGGCCGUCACGGGCCGCUUGCGAAACCGCAUCAUCCGCAAGCGUUUCCUGUGUCUGGGCUGGGGUCUGCCUGCUUUAGUCGUGGCCGUUUCUGUUGGAUUCACUAAAGCUAAAGGUUAUGGCACCGUAAACUAUUGUUGGCUGUCUCUCGAGGGUGGUCUCUUGUACUCAUUUGUGGGUCCGGCUGCUGCUGUUGUUCUGGUCAACAUGGUGAUCGGCAUUCUGGUUUUCAACAAACUCGUGUCCAAAGAUGGAAUCACCGAUGUGAAGCUGAAAGAGCGCGCUGGGGCGUCGCUGUGGAGCUCGUGUGUGGUUCUGCCUCUUCUCGCGCUGACGUGGAUGUCGGCCGUGUUGGCGAUGACAGACCGUCGCUCCGCUCUGUUUCAGAUUCUCUUCGCCGUCUUCGACUCUCUCGAGGGUUUCAUCAUCGUCAUGGUGCACUGCAUCCUAAGGAGAGAGGUACAAGACACAGUGAAGUGUCGCGUCGUAGACCGUAAAGAUGACGGGAACGGCGAUUCGGGCAGCUCGCUGCAGAACGGCCACACGCAGCUCAUGUCGGAUUUCGAGAAGGACGCUGACUCGAGCCGGCCAGGUGGUAUGAAGAGCUCCUCAGAAGAGAAGAUGCCUCCUCCUCAGCUCCCUCUGCCCCUCGGCCCAAAUUUCCACACCCUCCCAUCCAACCCCAGCGGCAAGAGCCACAUUCCCCCGGUUCCAGAGUACUCCAGCCACACACUCACCCUGCGGCGAGAGAAAGGUCAUGGGGUCGACCCGUGCUUAGGUCAACCCGUGUACGUGUGUGACAGCGAGAUCUUCAAGCAGCUGGACGCGGAUCUGGCGCGCGCUCAGGCCAAGAGCGUCUGUCCGGACGGCAGCGGUUACGUGCUCCUGCCCAACACCACGUCCACACUUCGCUCCAAACCCAAAGACGACUCUAGCAGCUCCGGAAAGUACAACAUCAGCACCGACCUGCCGCAGGCCCGUCUCAUGCACCUGAGCGGAACCUUCGCAGAACCGCAGGCUGCCUACGCUGUCAAGACACUCCCCGCCGACCGCAUCAGCGUAUCGUACUCGGAACGUGACUCGCCAAUUCAGAACAUUCACAACAUCUCCAGCGAGAGUCAUGUGACCAGCAGUCUGGGCGACACGUUUGACUCCCUGAACUCCAUGAUGUCCAAGAGCGAGACCAUCUCAACGCUGUCCAUGAGCUCUCUGGAGGUCAGCGAGGGGAGGCAGAAGUCUCGAUACGCAGAGCUGGACUUUGAGAAGAUCAUGCACACACGUAAACGCCAUCAGAACAUGUUCCAGGACCUCAACAGGAAGAUGCAUAACGCUGAGAAAGACAGAGAGUCACUGGCCUCCGAUAGCAAGUCUGUCAGAUGGAGUGUUUCUUCAGCAGGAAGUGACAAAACAAACCACAGCGAUAAGCAGCAGGGUCCCGUUGAUCGGCCUUGGGAGAGUCUGAGCCGAUCGCAAGCCUCUCCUCCCGCCUGGGUCAGGAAAGACCUGGAGCCCUUGCAGGCGUCUCCUCUGGACCUCCAGGCUGUGGAAUGGGAGAAGAGUGGAGCCAGCAUCCCUUUAGUGGGCCAGGACAUCAUCGACCUGCAGACGGAGGUGUGAGGGCCAAACUUCCAACCCUGAACACCUCGGUCUGCUUUUAAUUUGGGAAAGAGAGAGAGCAGAGAUCCUGAAGAGGGCCGUGCUCGACCCGUCCGUCACUGAAUUUGUGUCUCUCUGGCUUCAGAAGUAGCUCUCAAUGGCUCAAGAUGACACUGACCAUUGAAGACGUCUAAACAGGGUGAAAGGUUUCUGAACUCUGCUUUAGUUGCUGAGAGGAGAGAUUCUAGUUGGUUCAUCGAGAGCUUCUCCCAACACUCUUCCAUCUGGUGCGGGGGGUGUGGACGCCCGCCUGCGCUCUUUCAUUUAACUGCAACUCACAUUUGAAAUGGGCGAAUCUUCCAACUGGAGGGUGGAACCCUUUCUUGGCUGCUUGAGUAUGGCCCCUGGUGGGCCCCUUCCACGGCAUUCUCAUUGGUCAAGAGGCCAACCUCUCCCACGAGCCUUUAGGGUGUUUUGAAUCUGUGCCAAACGGACACCAAUGAACUGCAGUCGCUGUGGUGUUUGUUUUUAGCGCUUUGCGGGAAGCAUUUCUGGACACUUCCAUAAAACUUUGGGGAACUUUUGGGAAAUGGUUGUACUGAAAACUUGAAAAAGACUUUUAAGAGCUGAGAAUUUACUUUUCAUGGUUCUUUCUGUUAUUAUAGUAAUGUGUUAUUAUUAAUAUUAUUAAUUUGUUCUUAAUAUCAUGUUAUGAUUUAAAUUUUUCUCCUCUUGUUGUCAUAUCUCUUCAUGUUUGUUUUUAAUUGUUUUAUGAAUCAAUUAAUUUAUCCCCAAAUCAGCAUCAGGACGAAUCAUCGCACCGUGAAUCCUCAAACUCAAAGCCACAGCAUUGUGGGUAAUGUAGGCGUAGCAGCAGUGACUGUGUAGUGUGGACUCUCUGAGGACGUUCUGUUGUUUCCUUCUCCGUUCCAUUGGAUCAGAUCACUGUGUUCCCUUCAUUCCCAUCAGCAGCUCUUGUGAAUGAAACCGAGAGUUUGGAGAGUCUUUUGUCCUAAGGAACCUCCAGCAUAUUAGAUGAGAUUUUCUGCUCCCCUGUGAACUUCCACAGUGCCAGCGUGAGAGAUUCCCGGCGCAGUGAUCAUGCCAACCGAUAGCGUGGCAUAAGUGCAAUAUGUGGACAGAUGCUUGAUGCCCAAGCAAGACUGAUAUUAGAAUCUUGGCAGGUUUUUAUUCAUUUUGAGAAUUUUAUAUCAUGUUUAUAGAGCAUAUAGGCAUAUUAGUGACUAUAUUAGUUAUUAAACCAGACUGAAGAUGAAAGACAACACAAGACUAGUCUUGCUGCUAACAGACAUUUCAGGAAAGUGAAAUAUGAAAUAUACACAGAGUAAUAGCUUAUAGAUAUAUUAGACUGUGCUUCAGGAAAAAGCCCUUGAGUUUUUUAUUUGAUUCCCUCAUGUUGCAGAGACACUUGAUUGUCUGUCCGUUUCUCUCUGUUUGUUAAGAUCCUUCUCUCCUCUGAGGUUCCUGAUGUUUGUCUCAAUCUGCAGCAUCAGAAUGUCUCUGUUUUUCACUUCCUCUUGUGAUUGUACAGUUUGAAUGAUGUGUUUCAUUUCUAAUAAAAUAAAAUAAU